AUGGCUUCUGCAAUUAGUCGUCGCGAUGAAGAAACUCCAUUGGUUGUCGCCGAUGAACCACCGCUUCGAGUUGAACCACACAAAAGCCAUAGCAGAGAUGUUCAUAUUUUGAGCUUAGCGUUUUUAUUGAUCUUUCUUGCUUAUGGAGCUGCUCAAAAUUUACAGAGCACUCUCAACACUGAGGAGGAUUUGGGUACGACUUCGCUUGGGAUACUUUAUUUGUCGUUUACGUUUUUUUCUCUGUUUGCUUCUUUGGUGGUUCGGAUUCUCGGAUCUAAGAAUGCUUUGAUUAUUGGAACUUCCGGUUAUUGCCUCUACGUCGCUGCCAAUUUGAACCCCAAUUGGUAUACACUGGUUCCGGCUUCUGUGUAUCUUGGGUUUUGUGCUUCUAUAAUAUGGGUUGGACAGGGAACUUAUCUGACUUCCACUGCACGCAGUCAUGCUAUAGAUAACAAUUUCCACCAAGGUACAGUCAUUGGUGACUUCAACGGCGAAUUCUGGGGUGUCUAUGCGCUUCAUCAGUUUAUUGGAAAUCUUGUUACAUUUGCUCUACUCAGUGAUGGGCAGGGGGGAAGUACCAAAGGCACAACUUUGUUGUUUGUUGUAUUCCUUUUCGUUAUGAGCUUUGGUGCAAUACUAAUGUGCUUCCUACAUAAACGGAGUGGUAAUAGUAAGGAAGGAUACGGGCAUUCAGAAGCUGAUGCUGGUGAAUCAAAGUCCCUUAAGUCUCUAUGUAGAUCACUCACAAGUGCAUUGUCGGAUGCGAAGAUGUUGUUGAUCAUACCCCUUAUGGCAUAUUCAGGUCUACAACAAGCAUUUGUUUGGGCGGAAUUUACCAAGUACGUUGUAACUCCGGCAAUUGGUGUCUCCGGUGUUGGUAUUGCAAUGGCAUCAUAUGGAGCUUUUGAUGGAAUAUGUUCUCUGGCUGCUGGUCGUCUCACCUCUGGUCUCACAUCCAUUACAUCAAUAGUUUCUUUUGGAGCUUUUGCUCAGGCGGUUGUACUAAUAUUACUACUGCUAAAUUUCAGCAUAUCUAGCGGAUUUCUCGGAAUGCUAUUUAAGCAUGACAUGGAAGGGGCUUUUGCACAGCUAAAGAUAUGGCAAAGCGCUACGAUUGCUAUCGUGUUCUUUGUGGCCCCAUACAUUUCAUUCCAAGCAGUUAUCAUAGUCAUGUUGGUUCUACUAUGUUUGUCAUUCUGCAGUUUUCUAUGGUUGGCUCUUAAGCUGGGGAAUGCAUCAUCACCCUCCACCAGUGACUGA